UUGAGACCUGCUGAAGAUCAGUGGAGCGGGUGUGUGGUAGCCAGGGGACUGCUCUAACAGCUGGGGGCACACCAAUAUGGGCCAGUGUGUCACCAAGUGCAAGAAUCCUUCUUCCACCCUUGGCAGCAAAAAUGGCGACCGGGAGUCGAGCGGCAAGGCUCACAGCAAGCGAAGCACGAUCCACAAAGAAGAGCACAGCACGGUCUGCGGCAAGUCCUCUGGGGACAUCCUCGUCAACGGGACGAAAAAGAUGGAGGCCGCUGUAGAGUCCAACCAGCCGCCGGCUUCCUCCGGGGAUGCAAAGAAGGAGUCAGUGUCCGGCACCGAGGAAUCGUCCCUCCAUAGGACUGAGGAAUUAUUUAGGAGGUACAAGGACGAGCGGGAAGACGCCAUCUUGGAGGAAGGCAUGGAACGUUUUUGCAAUGACCUCUGUGUUGACCCUACCGAGUUCAAAGUGCUCGUCCUCGCGUGGAAGUUCCAAGCAGCGACCAUGUGCAAAUUCACAAGGAUGGAAUUCUUUGACGGCUGCAAAGCAAUACACGCAGACAGCAUCGAGGGGAUUUGCGCUCGCUUCCCCAGCCUCUUGAACGAAGCCAAGCAGGAGGAGAAGUUCAAGGACCUCUACCGCUUCACUUUCCAGUUUGGCCUGGACUCUGACGAGGGGCAGAGGUCGCUCCACCGGGAAAUAGCCAUCGCCCUUUGGAAGUUAGUCUUCACGCAGAACAAGCCCCCCAUCUUGGACCAGUGGUUGCACUUCUUAAACGAGAACCCCUCAGGAAUCAAGGGAAUUUCCCGGGACACAUGGAACAUGUUCCUCAAUUUUACUCAGGUGAUUGGGCCGGACCUUAGCAACUACAGCGAGGAUGAGGCGUGGCCCAGUCUCUUCGACACCUUUGUGGAAUGGGAAAUGGAGCGGCGGAAGAAGGAAGAGGCGGACGCGCACCCGGCGGCUUCACCGACAGACAGCUUCGACGCCGAGCACCCGACUUAG